AGCCUCAGCAGCAAGAGCAGCAGCAGCAGCAGCGGCAGGCGUUGCUGCCACCAGGUCCUAGAUCUCCGCACUUAAUGGAGAACGAGCAACAGCAGCAGCAGCAGCAACAGAUGCAGUUGCAGCAGCAGAGGCAGUCCAUGGAACUGCAGCACGCGCCUCUUCCUGCCCAUUCAUUGCUGCAGCUGCAGGGGCAGCAGCAGCAGGAGCAGCAGCAGCAGGAGCAGCAGCUGCAGCAGGAGCAGGAACUGCAGAAGCAGCAGCAGCAGGAGCAGCAGCUGCAGCAGGAGCAGCAGCUGCAGCAGGAGGAGGAACUGCAGAAGCAGCAGCAGCAGGAGCAGCAGCUGCAGCAGGAGCAGGAACUGCAGAAGCAGCAGCAGCAGGAGCAGCAGCUGAAGCAGGAGCAGGAACUGCAGGAGCAGCAGCAGCAGGAGCAGCAGCUGCAGCAGGAGCAGGAACUGCAGAAGCAGCAGCAGCAGGAGCAGGAACUGCAGAAGCAGGAGCAGCAGCAGCAGCUGCUGCUGCAGCAGCAGAAGCAGCAGGAGGAGGAGCAGGAGCAGCGGCAGAAGCAGAAGCAGAAGCAGGAGCAGCAGGAGCAGCAGGAGCAGCAGGAGCAGCAGCAGGAGCAAGGGGAGCAGCAAGAGCAGCAAUUUGCAAUGCAGCCGUUUAGUGCUCAAACGGUCUCGCUGUCCGUGCAGCAGCAGCGACAGGAGCAGCAGCUGCAACAAGAGGAGCAGCAGCAGCAACAGCAAAAGGAACUGCAGCAGGAGGCGCCUGAACCUCAAGAGCCCCAGCAGCAGGAAAAACAGCAGCUGCAGCAGCAGCAGAAUGAGCAAGUGCAGCUGCUCGAGCCGCCGCCGCAGCAGCAGCAGCAGCACGAGGAAAUGCAGCUACCAGAGCCGCAGCAGCAACAGCAGGAGCACGAGGAAUCGCGGCGGCCUGAGCUACAGCAGCAGCAGCAGCAGCAGCACGAGGAAAUGCGGCAGCCAGAGCUGCAGCAGCAGCAAGAGCAGGCCGUGCGCGGUGAGCCGCAGAACAAGCCGGAAGUGCAGCAGAAUUACGAGCAGCAACAACAGCAGCAGCAGCAGACACUUCAGGAACAGCAAGGGCAACAGCAGCAGCAGCAGCAGCAGCUACAACAGCAGCAGCAGCAGCAGCAUCCUGCGGCCGUUUUAGAGCCUUCAGUUGCUAUUGUCGCCCAUGUGGGUGCCCAAGAAGCCGGAGCUGCUACAGCAGCAGCAGCAGCAGCAGCAGCAGCAGCAGCAGCAGCAGCAGCAGCAGCAGGUCCCUACCGCUCCAGAGCAUGGUCGCUGCCCGCCAUGUGUUCUUCUCCUCCUCUGGGCCCCCUCGUGCUUCCCCCGACGCUGCAGCAGCAGCAGCAGCGACAGCAGCAGCAGCUGCAGCUCCUGAGGCUUUUGCCGCUUAAGACUCUCCGAAAGCAGAACGGAGAGCAGCUGCAGCAGCAGCCGCAAGAGCAGCACGAGCUGCAGCAGGAGCAGCAGACUAAAGAACUCCAAGUGCGAAAGCAGAACGGAGAGCAGCAGCAGCAGCAGCAGCAGCAGCAAGAGCAGCACCAGCUGCAGCAGGAGCAGCAGAGUAAAGAACUCCAAGCGGCAGCUGCAGCAGCAGAGGCCCCGGGAAGCGCACAGCAGCAGCAAGUGGCUAACGAGGUUCCUGUAUCUCCAUCGGCAGGGCAGCAAAGCAGCAGCACCAGCAGCAGCGGCAGCAGCAGCAGCAGCAGGACCAGCAGCAGCAAUGACGCUAGCAGCCGCAGCAGCAGCCCUGCGAAGGAAGGCUCCAGUGCAGAUGCGGCGCCCUCCCCUGCGGGCUUCCGGCAGGCAGCAGCAGCAGCAGCAGAGCCGGCACCAGCAGCAGCAGCAGCAGCAGCAGCAGCAGCAGCAGGAAUGUGCCCUGCCUGCAGCAGCACGGCCUUAUCUCCAGCACAGAAGAAAGACACUGCCACGCAGACGGAGCCAGAUAUAUGUGGGCCCCAUGGGGGGCCCCCCGGGGGGCCCCUUGGGGGGCCCCUGGGGCCCCCCGAGGGCACUCAAGUUUGCGCAGAUGCAGCUCCGGGGGCCCCCAAAGGGGUACAGCCAGGGGAGGCCCCCACAGGGGCCCCUAAGAGGGCCCCCUCAGUGCUCAAGGCGAAGCCCCCGGGGCCCCCGCCAGGCACAGCAGCAGCAGCAGCAGCAGCAGCAGCAGCGGGGGCCCCAGGGGCUGCAGCGCGGCUGAAGGCCAAGCCGCCGGGCCCUCCCCCUGGAGCAGCAGCAGCAGCAGCAGGAGCAUCAGCAGGGGCGGGGGCCCCCAAAGCCACCCCUCCAGGGCCCCCCCCGGGGGCCCCCUCGGGGGCCCCCAAAGCGCGGCCUCCGGGGCCCCCUCCGGGGGCCCCCCCAGGGGCCCCCACAGCAGCAGCAGUACCCAAAGGCAAAGCGCCGGGGCUGCCGCCUGGCUUUAAGGCUGGGGGCCCCCCUGCUGCUGCUGCUCCUAAAGGCAAGCCGCCGGGGCCCCCGCCGGGGGCCCGGGGGGCCCCCCCGGGGCCCCCCCCUGGGGCUGCGAGGCCCCCGGGGCCCCCGCCAGGAGCCAAGGGGGCCCCCCCGGGGAAGGCCCCGCCUCCCCCAGGGGGCAAGGGGCCCCCCGGGAGGGGCCCCCCGCCUCCAGGUGGAAAGAAGGGAGGGCCCCCCAAGAAGCAAGCAGGAGGUGGACCAGGGAGGACCAAUGGUCCAGUCUAUGUGCUGCCGGAGGAGCAGCUGCCGCUGCCGCCCCAGGGCCUCACUGCUGUCACGCGGCUGCAGUGGGCCCUCAUCAGGGCGGAACAGGUGCGCCCCACGCUGCUGCAGCAGCAGCAGCAGCAACAGCAGCAGCAGCAACAGCAGCAGCAGCAACAGCAGCAGCAGCAGCAGCACGGGCUUUCGCCGUGCUUGGGGGGAUGGAUUUGCUGCCUAACUGGCACCCUUUUCGACGGGCUGCUGGACCGCAGCAACAGCAGCAAACCCCUGGGGGCCCCCCCAGCAGGGGAGGGGCCCCUCUUGUCUCGCUCUCUUAGUUUUGAUUUGCCUUUGAUAAGAUCUCGCAGUUUGGGGCCCCCCAGCUCGGGGGGCCCCCUAGGCAGCAGCGGGGGGGCCCCCCUUCCGGAGGCGCAGCAGCUCGAGCGCCGCCUUUCCCCCUUGGGGGCCCUCAGCAGCAGCAGCAGCAGCAGCAGCAGCGGCGUGAAGCUCACCGAGCAGCUGUCAGCCCCUGCAGCAACAGCAGCAGCAGCAGCAGCAGCAGCGGGCUCCGAGUGCUUUUCCCCCCCUCCGUCUUCACCAGCUUCGGCUCCAGCGGCGAUCCCUUCAACAGCAGCAGCAGCAGCAGCAGCAGCAGCAGCAGCAGAGCCGCCCGGUUUUGGCGCCUCCUCCUCCUGCUUGUCCGCGUCCUCAGCAGCAGCAGCAGCAGCAGCAGGCGCUGCUGCUGGGGCCCCGCAGCAGCAAACAACAUUUGAGUACAGCGUGGACUACAGCCGAGUGUUUUCUUUGUUUUACAAAGAAGUGGAAAACAACGAAAAAGGGGGAGAGGGUGGGGGCCCCCCCGGGGCUUGGGGGGCCCCCGGGGCCGCGAAGGGGGGCCCCCCGGGCGCGGGAAACGCAAAGGGGUACUGGACCCGAAGUCCAGCCAAAAUGUGGAAAUCUGCCUCAAGAGAUAUAAGCUAG